AUGGAAAGUGGCUGCAUCAAAGAUGCUCAAAUCACUGCAUCCUCACAAUGGGAUGGAAAUCAUGUAGCAAUCCAGGGAAGAUUAAACUUUAAGGCUGGUGGAGGCAAGCAAGGAGGAUGGUCAGCUGGGAAGAAUAAUGGAAAUCAAUGGAUACAGGUGGCUCUUGGCAGCUACACCAAAUUAACAAGUAUAGCAACACAAGGAAGGAAUGCUCACAGCCAGUGGGUAACAGCAUACAAGCUGCAGUGUAGUGAAGAUGGAGUGAACUUCUACUACUAUAAAGUACCAGGACAGAGUUCACCUAAGGUAUGCAAAUUGCCAUGUGCCACAUAUUGAAUGAUUUUCAGACAAACCACAUAGUCAUCCUUUUGGUAUGUGUAGAAAAUGAACCUUCAAAUGAAGGAAAAUCUGUUGAUGUUCAUGUCAUUUCCUUUCAAAAUGGCUUGGGUCAUAAGGAGAAUACUAAAUAAAUAACAUUCUUGAGGGUGCUAUUAUAUACAAAGUGGUGCCCAAAAUGUUGGCAUGUAAGUGAUUAUGCUGUGUAUUUCUAAGAAUGAAGAAAAAAGGAAACUCUUAUUGGAUCAGAUUAAGGAGGAAAGCCUAUGAAAUCAUGAAACAAAUUACAGUUUAUCUUGUGUGAUAGACCAAAAAAAUAACUUUUUCAUGUUGUGUUUCUAAUUUGAUGGCCCAGUUUGAUGAUGGUAAUAAAGUUCCCUUAUUUGAUAUUUUUUCUGACCUCUAAAUUCAUACAAUCCAGAGUUGAUUUUAAUUAGUGACGAUCACUCAGAAUUGUUUCUCUAUUCCGUAGCAAGUUUACAAUGUAACCACAGAUUAGUGCUGAGUAUGCUUUAUUAUGUGAUUGCAGGCCAAAAAUUCAGCUGGGCAUCACAGCCUUUUCAUCCAAUAAACUUUACAAGCAGCUUGCACUUAGCGAUAACCUUUUGAUUGAUUAUCUUUUCUUUGGUGUUUUUUCUCCAUGAAAGUCUGGCUAAUGGAUUACAACUAACCGUGACUGGGUAUUAAUGAAAGAUCCAGUGCUUUAACUAUAUCAUCCUUCAAAUAAUUAUUACUAGUGUGCACUAAGUGGUUUAAAUCUCCAGAAUAAAGAAAGGGAAUUUUUGUGCUUUGCUUGUGUUGGAGAAGUCUUUAACCUUUAAACCCCUAAGAGUGACUGGCAUCUAGUUUCUCCUUUGGAUAUCAGUUCUGGAUCACACACUAAGGUCAUGGGAAUAAAGGAAAUGAUCACCAAGUAAAGUAGCUUGUGACUGUUAGACAAAUUCUCCUUGUCAGCACCUUUGGAAAAGUAUACCAAACAGUAUGGAGAAUAUGCAUACUGAUUGUUAGGGUGUAAAUUAAAGAUUAAGUUAAUAUAUCUUAAACUCUCAUUUUUUAACUUUGUUUAAGCAACACUUAAUUAGACAGAAUAAUGAUAAUUGCAAUGAUGUUAUUGUCACGGGAAUCACUAAUAUUACUAGAUUUUGUAUAUUGAUCAUUUAAGGUUUUUAGAGGAAAUAAAGACAAGGAUAGUAUUGUGUACCAUGAAAUAACCCCACCAAUCCAAGCCUGUUAA